AUGGCGGAUUGGGUUGAGGGGAUCCGUCCGUCUCAAGCAUUGAAAUCAAAUAAGCCAAAGCCGCAGGGGGCAGAAACAAGGGAGCCAGAGCUGGAGGACAACAGUUUCGAGUCCGCCAAGAUUCUGUUACCAACUUCUGCUCUGAAUCAGUGUGAGAACUUGUUUGCUGCCGCCGAUGAGAUGCGAGCUAAAGCAAGCUCAAUGUUCUUUGAUGACAAGGGACUGAUGGGUCUCUCUUGUUGUCACGACAACCUGCUGUUCUUCACAAACAUCAAGACACCAGGAGAGCAACAAUUCUACAUGUUCGCUCUGCUUGAGACACUCUUUCAGCAUCUGCCUGUCCACUUUUUGGUCGGAUUCCUCUAUGACAUUGCCUACAAACUUCCGACAGGUCAGUCCAAGAACACAGCCAAGCUGGCAGUCAAAGAUGCCCUACGAACCAGUCAAGCCGUCGCCCAAUUGUGGUUCCAAAUGAGGACGCUGAACGACACCAUUGGCAACAUAGAUGUGGACCCGGUGGACCUGACAUUUGUGGAGGAGGAGCUUCCCCAAGUGAUGAAGCAGUAUGAGAAGGCGGUAGUUGCGAUGCACAAGAAGAUGAGUCAGCUGGGUGCAAACAGGUUGUGGAUGAACGCGUAUGCAAUCUCGAUCCAAUUGCAGACAAAGCUGCAGCAGCGGAAGUUCGAGCUUGAGCGGGUCAAGCAGCACUUCCACCACAACAAAGCGGAUGCAAAGCAGACUACGCACAUUCAGGAUGCCAUGAAUCAUUGGGAUUCACACAUCAAAGAUCUCCAACACUCAUCCAACAAGAAGUGCGAUCAAAUGAAGGAGCUCAUCAAUGCGAAUAAAUCUCCUCAAUAG